UAAACCCUUCAAAAAAAAAGAAGAAAAGACAAGCACCAACAUUAAUAUCAACAUCGCAAACCCCAAAACACCAGUUCACAAAAAAAUCAAGAAAAUCAAGAACCGAGAAGAAAAAUGGAGGAAUCAGGGCGUAAAGGAGUUCCGUUUCCGGGUUUUCAGAUGAGUGUUCACAACGACGACUCUGUUUUCCGGCGAUCUUUAAGCUGCCGGCUUCAAAGACGAGCUCCUUGUCCUCUCUUAUUACCACCAAGACCUCCUCUUUCCACCGUAGCUACUUCCACGUCUGCGUCUGAGCUCUGCCGAAACGGCACAGAUCCAAUACCAUUAUUGUCCCCACUCGUCCUUCCUUCAAUGCUUCAACCUAAUCUCACCACGACCUCUCAUUGACUUUUUCUCUUUCCAGUCUCUUAGGUUUUUGUUUUCUUUCUUGUAAUGACAAUGUUCUUUAAGUCAUUGGUCUACUUUUUCUUGGUUGAUUUUUGUUUUAUUUGAAUCUUGCACAUUCUAUAUUCAAAAAUGUCAUUGUCUCUAACCAGAUUCACAUUUCUCGAUCGAGUCUUGACCCUUGAUUUUGUAUUUGUGCAUUGAUCUGUCUAUUUUCUUAUUGAGCAUUAAAUAUU